GCGGCUGUCUGAGUGACGCGGGCGGGUGGGGUCACGUGUUGUUUUUGCCGUGCCGCUCUCCCUCCCCCGCUGUAGUCUGUCUGUGGUGAAUGUUGUACGGCGAGAGGAGCCGCUGCCCCGUCCGGACCGGGGAUACGGAGCGCGUGGUCUCCCUGCUGGACGCCAUGCCUGCCGUCUAGCUCUAUGACGCUGGAAGCCGCACUCUUUAAUUCAUUCGCCGGCUCACUCCACAGCAGCAGCAGCAGCGAGGCUCCCAUUCCUCCCAUGGCGGGUGUCCUCAACUGGGAGGAGGACAGAAGCAACCGGGCGGCCAUGAAGGUUCUGCCCCCGUCUCCCCCUCAGCAGGAGGACUCGUCUUACCGGCGGCUGUCCGGCCCGGCGCUGUCUCAGGUGCAGGAGGAGUGUGCCAGCAGCGAGUGUCUGCAGCCCGCACAGCCGCCGGUGCAGCCGGGAGACGAGGACGUGCGGAAGCGCGGCUACCUGAGGAAGCAGAAGCACGGCCACAAGCGCUACUUCGUGCUGCGGACUCACAGCCACCUGGGGCCCGCCCGGCUGGAGUACUACGACAACGAGAAGAAAUUCCGUAGCGGGCAGCGGCCGGGCUGCCCACCCAAGAGGGUCAUCCUCCUCUCCCAGUGCUUCACCGUCAGCCGCAGGGCCGACGCCAAAAACAAGCACCUGCUGGCGCUGUACACCAAGGACGAGUACUUCGCCAUGGUGGCGGAGAGCGAGCCGGAGCAGGACUCGUGGUACCAGGCCCUGAGCGACCUCAUCACCGAGAACAAGAAGUCGUGCCUGGACACCGAGGAGCUGGAGGACAACUGCGGCGGGCUGCGGGGCGGCUCGCUCUUCAAGGAGGUCUGGCAGGUGAACGUCAAGCCCCGGGGCCUGGGCCAGAGCAAGAACCUGUCCGGCGUCUACCGCCUCUGCCUGUCCAGCAAGGCGGUGCACCUGGUGAAGCUGAGCUCGGACGUCGCCUGCGUCCACCUGCUGCUCAUGAACAUCCGCCGCUGCGGCCACUCCGAGAACUACUUCUUCAUCGAGGUCGGCCGCUCGUCCUCCACCGGCGCCGGCGAGCUCUGGAUGCAGGUGGACGACUGCGUGGUGGCCCAGAACAUGCACGAAACCUUCCUGGAGACCAUGAAAGCCCUGAAAGCUUACUCCGAAUUCAGACCCAGGAGCAAGAGCCAGUCCUCCGGCACCAACCCCAUCUCCUUCAUCACCACCAGGAGAUACCUGGGCAACCUGCCCCCCAGCCAGACCGGCCUGCAGAGGAGAUCCAGGACUGAGAGUGUGGCCGGCACCCCUCCUACUACUACUAAAAACAGUGCUUACAGGUUUAGGACCUCAAGUGAAGGGGAAGGGACCAUGACCAGGCCGUUCAGGUCAGUGACUGGGAGCUUAAUCCAUUUAAACACUGCAAGGAUCAACCUGGGGAAGCAGGAGGGCACUGGGAGGUAUGUCAGAGCCCCCUUUAAUUCUGGAUACCACUCAAGAUCGGCCUCUCUGCCAGUCUCCCAUUUCCCGUCGGCCACCAGCCCCAUCAGUGUGUGUUCUAGUAGCGGCCUCGGUUCUGCAUCGGAGACCUUGACCAGGCCAUCAAGUUCUUCUGUGUGUGGAUCUCCGAGUGACGGAGGCUUUAUCUCUUCUGAUGAAUAUGGUUCCAGCCCAGGUGACCUCAGGUACUUUAGGGUAAGAAGUAAUACCCCAGAUUCCUUGGGGAACACCCCACCAAUCCAGGAAGAAAAUACCUUAAGCGACUACAUGUCCAUGAGUACGAGAAACCAACCCAACGGGAGGGAUGACUAUAUGGAGGCAGACAAAUGUUUCCGAAAAAGAACCUACUCGUUAACGAAACCCACCAGUAGUACAUUACAGCAACACAAGUCCCAUGCUGCUGCCUCCUUAGAUGAAGAUGACAUCAACAAGCAGUUUGCCUACUCUGAAUCACCAAAGUUGACAGACAGCAAUCAUCCCGAGGAUUACAGCAAUGGUCUCAUUAACUCAGUUUGUAACCAAAGUGGGAGUAAAGCCAAGGAUGACGGCUAUAUGCCAAUGAUGCCUUCUGUUUCCUAUGACAGUGACUAUUUGCCAAUGGCCCCUAAGAGUGCUUCUGCACCAAAACAAAUCGUGUCCAUGUGUCCUUCUCAGGUGGACUCCAAAGGGUACAUGAUGAUGUUUCCGACUGCCAGUUCACCUGUCAGAAACUUCACAUCUGGAAGCCUUUCUAAGGGUAACCAAGAGAAAGUCACCAAUGGUGAAUACAUGGACAUGUCUUGCAGGAACUCUUCAACUGUUAAACAAACCAAUGACUCUAACUUGAGUAAUUCCCGGGGGUUCAGCUCCUAUUUUUCUCUACCAAGAAGCUUUAAAAGUUCAUCAAAGCCCUGCAGUGAUCACAAUGAGUAUGUCCCCAUGUCCUCUCCUGGAAAGUUACUGCACUUGGGUUUGGAAAAUGCAACAGAUGGAGAUGGUGAAUCAAAGAUUGACUUGAAAUCUUCCGCCAGCAUACUGGAUCAACAAGUGAGGGCCACGAGGCCGACCAAACUUACACUGUCUAUGAGAGGGAGCAAUACAAUACCCAGGAUGUUUGACCAUUCAAAUUCCACUGAACCCACUAGUCCCGGGGAAUACAUCAAUAUCGACUUCAGCGAUAAAGCAAGCAGUACUCCAUAUUCCUUGUCUGCAGAAGGUUCACCAUCUUCAUUGGGCUCAAGCUGUGACCAUAGACAGUCCCCGUUAUCUGAUUACAUGAGUGUAGAUAUAGAUGUACAGUCCCCCAAAGCCUCAGCUGAGCUGUCCAACUCUUUAACGGACAUUUCAUCGUAUUCAUGCCCUGGUAUUUCUAGAAUUCAGCCCAGUGCAGACUAUGCCAAGCUCCCGUGUGGUACAGCCUGUGUCAGUGCCACAAAUAUGAACGAGGACUACACCACAAUGACUUUUAAUAUGGCAAUGACUCCUCCAAGGCCCUUCCCUAGUGAAGCUGAAAAUGGUACACAGCUGGGCAGCCCUUCUUCUAUCGUGGACCGGUUACGCAUUGGCGACGUGACCUCCUUUAACAGUGGCUUUCCUUCGGUUCUUCACCCUGUGUCUGAGCCUGUAGUCGGUCCUAAGGUAAUUCGCGCAGAUGCCCAAGGACGGCGGAGGCAUAGCUCUGAGACUUUCUCCUCCGCCAGCACAGUGACUACUACUACUACUUCCUCUUGCUUCACUGAAAGUGGCAAACGGCACAGUUCUGCCUCCUUUGACAAUGUUUGGCUGAAGCCUGAUGAAGGCACUUGUGAUCAAGAGAAAACCAUGUCCAAGCACUGCUCCACGGGUUUCCAGCAUGGCUUAAAUUACAUAGCCCUAAGUAUGCACGAUGGUGUCUGCGAGGCGUCCUCACCGGCCUGCAGCCAGCACCAGAACGGCAGCAGAAAUUUGGAAAGUGGGGCUUAUGUGAGCAUCGACUUCACAAGAUCUGACUGUCUGAAGUGUCCUGCCUUCAGAAAAGACUGAGUGCAUUACCAUGGAAACCUGGUGAACAUUGUCACGCCAGCCUUCCGCUGUAAAACUAGGCUAAGGUGACUCUGGAAGACGGCAUACACAUAUAGAACGCGUGACGCCUUGUUGGAUUUCAUAUGGACAUGUAUCUGCUUUUCCCACACAGAUUAAAUGUACAGCCAUUUAAAGCUUGUAUUAAUGUGUGGCGAAAGAGCUUUUUUUUUUUUUUUUUUCCAGUAAACUUAUUUUUGUGAGGGGAGGAAUAAAAAAAAAGCCGAGUUCUCAUGGCAUGUUUUACAAAAUUGCAUACAAUAUAUUGCUGUGUUCUCAUGAAGUGGCUCUGGCUUGUAAAAUAGUUCAGAACGGACUUCCAUGUUGCACUUUUGGUGCCAUUUUACAUCCCAGAUCUGCUCUUUACGUAUUUUUGACAUGUGCUUCUAUAGCACUUGGGAGAAUUUUAAACUUGUACUUCAAGAACAUACCCUUACAGGGUGUAAGUUGUGUAAAUCAGCUUGCUUGUUGAUCGAUACAAGAUCUAAUUUUCUCAUACAAAGGAUACUAUGAUAUAUGUAAAAAGAAAUAUUUUGAAAGUUUAAUUUUUUUUAAGUCAAAGUCUAUGUAUUUUACUUGAUCUAUAUUAUGGAAAGAUGCCUCCUUCAUUGAACAAAUGUAUACGUUUGACUAUGGUACAUGAAGUCCCCCCCCACCUCUGCAUUUCUCACUUUAUACACCAUUGUCCUUCUUGUAAGUGGCAAUAUUAGUUUUAUUUAGCAUUAAAAUGGUAUUCCAGUUUUAAAGAUUACAUUUAUUUAGAGAAUAGGAUGUUGAAGAAUUUUCUAAUAUGCAUCUACUUAAAAUUUUGCAUCCAUAGGAUGAACAGGGCUAAACAUGGCAUUGGUCAUGUGAUCCAUCAUGUGACUUGGCAUUCAGUUAAUUGCCCACGUUUCUAACAGGUGAAUAGUAGCGUAUUGGGGAGAAGAACAUGUCCUGUGCAGGCGAUGGUUAUUUUUUGAAAUUUUACAGCAUCACUCAGGCAGGCAUGUAACUACAGUAAUGUAGGUAUUGUAAUAAUCACAAUACAAAUCUUGAUUCCACCACUAAUCCUAUUUCUUUAUCACCUGGAUGUAUGCUGAUCCAACACAUGUAUGUCAUGGUACACUGCUUCUUACUGAAUGUCAGGGAUUAUAUGAUGUUGAGUGUCUCAUGACUGAUGUCAUGUUUGUUACCCUUUUUACUCCAUAUAGGCAUCUGAUAUGUGGUAUGUAUACAGAAUUAAAAAUCCAUGUGUCUUAGAAAAGUGUUUGAUUUCCUAUUAAACAAAUAAAAAUAUUAAAAACUGGAAUACCCCUUUUAAGCAAAAGGUACAGUAUUAAUCUUUAUUAAGAUGUUCUCUGGCAUGUGCAAGCUAAAACAGACAAGGAUGGGAUUUCCUACAUUCAUUUUAGCUAUUUAUUUCCAUUGUUGCUUGUGUUUCCCUGUUUUCAAGAGGUAGAAGCCAAAACCUAAAGUAUAGGUACGACUGAGCAGCAAGUAAAUUCAGACGAUACACUACAGUUACUCAGAGAAUGAAAUGAGUUGUAAUACAUGAUUUUAGUGGUUUGUGUUAAAACUGGCAUCUUCCUACAAAUGGACCAUUUAGUUUGUGCUGAAGUUUCUGUUUCGGAGCCUCCUCAUUACUGUGACCAUGGUAUGCUAAAGCACAACCCUGCCCUUACUGUUUAUUGGCUGAGGAGGACAGUGAGGCAUACCCAGAGAUGGCUUCCCAAUCUCGAAGGCCAUCUUAACGGGGAUUGAUUUUAUAUUUAAAAUCUGAGCCUUGGUGUAAAGAUCUUUGCGGUUAGAAAUCCAAAGUACCCGCUCGACAGAUGACCACUUCUCUAUCAGUUUGUUAUUUCUAGUAUCUUUUCCGAACCAGCCUUUUUAAAGUUUGCCAUGUAUUAAACUGAAGUAUUUGAGAGAUUUUGUUCUUUAUGGGUCUCCAGUCAGUAUUUUCCUUUCCCAAAUGAAAACUUCUCUAAAGUACCAAAAUGAUCACUCAGUCAGAAGAUCUGUAAUGCCACCCAACACCGGUUAUAUGAUUGAUUGCCAUAGAUUUUUUUUAUUUUAUUUUUUUUAACUCGAGAUCUUGCGGCUGCCAGUUUAGAUCUUACGAUGGAUGACCUCAACCUUAGUUAGUUCACUGUCAGUUACACAGGUACAGCAUAAAAUAUGCAAUCUCUUAGUUUACAAACAAAACUAAUUUAUUCAGUAUUGUGCUGGAAUAAUGUAAAGCAUAUCACUAGAUAAUAUCUUCCAGCUGUCAGUUUAUGCUGCUGUAUAGUUUAAAAUUUACCAAUGAUGGGAGAAUUGUGUGUCCUGUAAAUUUAAUUUCAUAUUGGAAAGUUAUUUUGUCUGUACAAAUUAAUAAAACCUGGUUGGUACUCUUUA